CCAACAGUCAAUGGUUAGUAUUUUACAACAAUGGGACUGGGAACUUGAUAAGGUGCUGGCUCCAUGUGCGCGCGCGACACUCGCUCUCUCCCACACGCACACACCAGUGAGGAGUGAGGCUGACUGCACAUCCCUCCUCCUCUCCUCCUGCGGAUUCCUGGUCAAUCUUGAAAUAACUGGAUAGAGCUGGUUCCGAAGAUUGCGAUUGGACAGACUUCAGUAACCGGUGUUUUCGACUCAAGGCCUACUACACUCCAGCCUCACUCAUGCUGUGCUAGUGUGUACAAUAUUUAAAGUUCUGUGUGCAUCAGUUACUUAUUCUUUCGGUAUUUACAUCGACGUCAGUGUUGCUUGGUUGCACUGCAGGCCCUUCUUCAGGCGCUUUGACUUCUCCAGGUGUGUGCCUGAUCAUCCUCUCUCGUUGGACAACAGUUGUUGACGUCAUCCCAGCUAGAGAGGUGUUGCAAUGGCGACUCCGACAGUGCAUCAGGUAAUUGCUGUGGAUGCUGCCAACAUGACCCGUCCUGAGCUUGUUGAUCCACACUGUGGCGUGUCGUCUACGACAGAUGGCUUUGGAAAACCACCAGCUCUGAAUGGAAAACGGCCAGGAGAAGAAAUAGCUGCUAGAGCAGUACUUGAUAGCCUUUUGGGCAAUGGUCAGCCAUUAGGGAAACAUACAGACGAUAUUCUCUUCACACGCGUGUUAUGCUCAGCCGCCGGUGUGCCUCAUCCUGCAACUCUUUGCUUUAUGCUUCAGGGUGAUAAGGGAGGGCUGAGAGGUUGUGAUGAAAUGGGUGUGAAUGAAGGGAAAUUGAACAUAGACAAUAGGGAAGGGAAUGAGGUGAGAGGUGAAUAUUUGAAUUGUAGAGCAGCAGUUAACAGGGAGGAUUUAAUUGAACAAGAUCUGGAUGGUGAAAAUGACUUGAUAGGAGAUGGUGGAAUCAUCAGAGUUGGGCAAGACCUGAAUAUGGAAGAUGAGCCAGACUUGGAAGAGAUGAAUGGCAUGACAAAAAAUUUGCGAAGUCAGGGCAUAACAAGCUUGUCGACUAUCACCAUAAUUCCUAUUUUGACAGACGGCAUCGGAGUGGACUUCAUCCAGCCUCAUCUUCAGCGGUUCCUUGGAUCAGAUGCCAUGGAAGGUCAUGAGAAGGUCCAGGUCAGGCUUUACCACAGCUUGGAACCACGUAGUGUUGCCGUUCAUUCAACCUGUGACAUCAAUGCCAUCAUUACCUCCAUCCUUGAACUGGCCCCUCUACUGCAGUUUGGUGAUGGAAUCUUGGUGGAGGCUUUCCAUACGACAUUCAGCCCACUGACUACAAGCACAGUUGGAAAGCACGGCAGACAGUUUGAAGAUCAGAACUUCGUGUUUCGUGUGAGAGCUGUUGUGAGCAGAACUCUGCAGGAUGAAGCCUUGAUGACACAGUCAGUUUGCAUCAUUUCUGACAACUUCGGACCUGUUGAUGACACAGCCACUAUUCCAAUGUCACUGGAGCUGACGCUGCGAAAGUGGGGCAUUUAUGAUGCAACACAACAGCAUGACAUCCGCUAUGCAAUAAAACGACACUCAGAGAAUCUGCUUCAAAUGCUGAUACAGCAGGAGAAAACAAUGACAGCUGAGGCUGAUGUGGGAACGCAGACAGAGGUGAUAGGCAUUGAUUAUGUCCUGACUCAGGUUAAUGAUGUCAUCACUCCCGUGGUUCUUGAGGUGAAGGUUCAAGGUUGUUUGCGGCUCAGCUGUAUGUAUGAGGCCUUGAAUCCUGAAGUCAAAGGUCAAGCAGCACGGGAGAUGCUGCAGACAAUGACUGGGAGGGCACACGUGGCGCAGUUGCGAGGAAAGAUGGUGCUGGUUGUAGGAGCAGCAGGCUACAGCAAAAGACAUUUAUGGAAGGAGGCUGCUGCUGUUGGUGUUAAGGUUGUAUUGGUGGACUCAAACCCCAACCACAUGGCAAAGAAACUUGUUGAGAAGUUUUUGCACCAUGAUAUCACUGACCACACACGUGACAUUGAACAUGCCGAAGUCAUCAUUGCUCGUGUGAAGUCGGAAGUGGGUCAGGUUGAUGGUUGCCUUACAUUCUGGGAGGACUGUGUGCCUUUGGCAUCACUAGUUGCUGAGGGCUUAAAUUUGCCCCACACUCCACCCUGCACUGCCGCCAUGGCUGCAAAAAGCAAAGUGUCAACCAUGAAAGUGCUGAUGGCAGAAGGAGGAUAUUCGUCUCAGAGAAUUCCAGCCAGGGUUUAUGCAAGUCAUGUAGUUCGAAUCUCACAUCCUGAUGAUCUGGAACAAGCAAUUAAGGAGGUGCCAUUGCCUGCAGUCCUCAAGAUGGAGCAUGGGGCAGGGUCUGUUGGCAUUAGACAUGUGAAAACAUACCACGAAGCUCUGGAACAUGUGCACUUUGUCCAAGAAACACUGUGUAGUGGAGAGCAUGGCUACACUCUGACUGGGCCCAGGCACAGCAACAUAUUGCUGCUGAUGAAAACACUGAGAGGCACUGAGCACAAUGUUGACCUUGUCUUCUUUGAAGGCCAGCCAAUGGCAGCUUUUGUUUCAGAUAGAGGCCCUGCACGUCUUCCACUUUUCUCACAAACGGCAUGUGCAAUGCCAUCUCUUUUGAGCCAAGAGCAACAGCAGCAGCUGGUGACAGCAGCUAUCACUUGCUGCCAAGCACUGGGAUUGCACACUGGUGUGUUUAACGUGGAUAUGAUGAUGUCCCCUCAGGGACCACGACUCAUUGAAGUUAAUGCUAGGAUGGGCGGUCGCUACCUCCGAGACUGGAUCCGCCUUAUCUUUCGGGUGGACAUGGUUCACUUGGCACUGGCAGCUGCUUGUGGAAUUCGGCCUGUGGUCAAUAACAGUAUGCUGAGUGGCUACCCCAGUGCCGCUGCAAGGGAAGACCGUGGACAACUUAUUGGUAUCUCUCUCUAUUCUUCCCACCAUGGAACAGCUUUGGCUACAACUGCUACUCCUGAGCUUUUGCGCCACCUGCAUGAGCGCGGUGACAUUAUCUUUACGCAGAUGUAUGAGGAUGCUGAAAGUCGAGGAAAUGUCAUGGAAAAGUUGUUUGCGAACUUGGCAGUCCGUGCUCCAACUAUCAAAGAAGCACGUGCAAAGCUGACACGCAUUUGUGUGUCCCUUGGGUUGGAAACCGAAGAGUCUAUGGUUGAAAUUUUGCAGAACUUUGAGCAGUAUUAAAAAGACCAAAAUAGCUUCUCUAUGUGAGUGGUUGUUAGAGACUAAUAAAAAGAAAGAAAUCUGGCCACUCUGAAGUAAUGAUUCAGCAAUGUCAUUCCUAAUGGAUGGUCUGAAUGUUUAUAUCCUGUGCUGCUUGGCAGUAUGUUUGCUAAACAAAACCUUCUGCAUGUAAUUUUUCCGCACGCACCUAACUUUUUCCUUUGCACUCAUUAUCUUAACACUGUUUAUUAAUACAUCAGCAUACAUGCAAAUUUAAAAAGAAAUCGAGAAAAAUCUGGUUGAUUUUGACCAGUAAUGGAUGUCAGGGAUUCGUGUGGGCAUUAAGAAGCUCAAGAAAUCUGUUAAAUUAUUGGUUAGAAAUGUAGUGUCAUAAUCACCCCUUAAAUAUCAUUACUAAUGGAUUUCAAGAGAUGAAUUCUGCUUGUCCUCAAGAAUGCUAUUGGUCUUGACUGAAGUGGUGGCCUUUUUUAUUAGCCUUUCUCUUCCAAGAAAAAUUAUAUUAAAAAGAAAGCUCUUUCCACCUACCUAGUCAUCAAAAACGAUUUAGAAAACUGAAACGGUCAAGAAGUGAUGGCAGUCAAGAAUGCAAGAAACAUCUUUUUCUCCUUUUGAAAAAAAAGUGCUGUCUUGAGGACUAUAAUGUAACAAUGCUGGUCAUUGAAUGUUUGUAGCAGCUUGAAAGUAUCUCCCACUAAAAGCUAGUCAUGUACGUGGAACAGUUGUAUUUUGAGCUCAUUUUUAAUUGUGAAAAUGCUUUUCGCUUACUGCUGUUUGCUUAAUGUUUGACUCUUCCCACUGCCAUGGAGGUGUUUCAAAAAUUAAAAAAUAUUCAUAAAAGCCAACCUGACCAAUAAAUAACACAAUGUGUUACUAAGAAACAAGUCAUUUUUUAGACUUCUGAAAAUGCCAGUGCUAGUGAUUGUCAUACAGUAGAAUCUUGCUAAGACAAGCUUGCUUAAAAUGAAUUUAAAAUGCACCAGAUAUAAAUUUUUGCACUACAGUUUUUUUGUCCUUUAAAAAAAAAAAAUGGAUAUUGCAGACAAAAAUUCUCAGCGAGUUGGUCUUACCUGGAUUUCACUGUAGGCAAUUGAAACUUACACAAAGCUAAUGCAGCUGAAUUUGAAAUGUUUGCUUCAAUUAAACUUUGUGACAAAACUCUUUUAA